GCGAUUUUACUUCUUUGAAAUGCUUUUAUAACAUAACAAAACAUUUCAGAUAGCUUUUCAGAUAUUUUUGAUACGACUGACAAGUUUAAAAUCAUGGAUAACAGUGGUUAUGUAGGUGAAUCCGGAGUUACUUCGUUUUCGUUGCCAUCUCCUGAUGAUCAUAGUGGAAAUGUUCCGCCUUCGUCAGCUCAUGAAGAUCUCGAGGAUGUUAAAGUCAAAAUUGAUAGCAGUAGAUCUUCAAGUCUGUCCGCCAGCACUCUGGACAGCGACGGUCCAUAUGCAGGAAUGCCCAAAGAAGUUUUGUUGCAGUACUCUCGUCAAGCGAAGUUCGUUUGGGCCCGCAACAUCUUGACCGCCCUCGUUCUUUUGACAAUUUUGACGUUGAUAGCAUUGGUGAUAGCAGUAGUUGUUAUAUCGCCUCCUUGUCUUGAAUUCUGGCAAACAAGUCCAAUUUACCAAAUAUAUCCGAAAUCCUAUCUAGAUGCGGAUGGUAAUGAUGGCUAUGGCGACCUAAAAGGCAUCAUUGAAAAGCUCGACUAUCUCAAUGACGAUCUGGGAGUGAAAGUUCUGUGGUUGAAUCCCGUAUACGCAUCUCCUCAAGUUGACAAUGGAUACGACAUAAGUGACUUUAGAGACAUAUACCCAGCAUUUGGCACAAUGGAGGAUAUGGACAAUCUGAUAAUUGAAAUGCAUAACAGAGGAAUGAAGUUACUUAUGGAUUUUGUUCCAAAUCAUUCAAGUGACAAACAUAAAUGGUUUUUAGCUAGUUCGAACACCAGUCAUCCAGACCAUAAGAUAUAUAAAGAUUACUAUGUUUGGGUUGACGCAGACAAGGAUGUUCUUCCGAAUAAUUGGGUUAGUGAGUUCAACAAUGCUUCAGGAUGGACGUGGAAUGACGAUCGGAAACAAUUCUAUUUCCAUGGAUUUUUUCCUGAGCAGCCUGACCUGAAUUUACGAAAUCCAGAUGUCAGAAAUGAGAUUAAGGAUAUCUUACGCUUCUGGUUGGAAAAAGGAGUCGAUGGAUUCCGCUGUGAUGCGGUAGCCUAUAUGUUUGAAGCAGAGCAUUUAAGAGACAACCCUGUACCCGACCCAAGUCAGAACGUAACAAAGGACAAUAUAUACCCCGAUUACACGCAGAAUUAUCAAGGUGUUCAUGAUAUUAUUGCCGAGUGGAGAGCGCUUUUGGAUGAAUACAGCACUGAGCCUGGUGUAUACCGAUUUAUGGAAAUUGAAGUUUAUGCUGACAUCCAAACGACUAUGAGAUACUAUGGCACGCAAUUCGUAAGAGAAGGAGAUUUCCCAAUGAAUUUCGAGCUGAUAAAGGCUGAUCCUGCAACGGAUUGGACUGCUGCUAAAAUGAAAGGCAAUAUUUUGUCAUGGAUGGAAAAUAUGCCGGAAGGGAAAUGGGCCAACUGGGUGAUGAGCAACCAUGACAAUUCUCGACUGCCAAGUAGAGUUGGAAAUAAUCUAGCACGGUGUGCAGCGCUCAUGAUCAUGACAUUACCGGGUACACCUGGAUUGUACUACGGAGACGAAAUAGGAAUGGAAGAUAACGACAUACCAGAUAUGAAGGAUUUUCGUGAUCCUGAAAGAACACCAAUGCAAUGGUCGAAUACCAAAAACGCUGGGUUUUGUGGGAACUGUACCCCGUGGCUACCGGUGAAUGAAAACUACAAAACUGGUAUUACAGUAGAGGAUCAACUUGGAACGAAAAAUUCAAUGUUAGAAAUGUAUAAGCAGCUGAUCUCACUCAGAACAGAUAUCGUCUAUCAACGUGGAUAUUUGUGCGUCUUGGAAGUGAUUGAAAACACUCUCAUAUUCGUUCGAGAUCUGCCUGGACUGGGUCCUAAAAUGGUUUUGAUCAAUUUUGACUCUGGUGCGGGAACGACUUCAUUUAACCUGAAAUCUACGUACGCUGAUUUGUCGGCAGAAGGUAAAGUUGAAUUUUCAACUGACAUUGGAAACCCUGAUGAAAUGGAUUUCUCGAAUGUAGUUCUGAAGGCGGGUACGGGAGUAAUAGUUCGUUUCAGCACAAAUAAACCUUUUUACAGCGACAGCGACUCGUGUUUCAUCAAUUUGAAAGUCUGCUACAAUAGAGGGCUUGGCAUAGUUCAAACUUGCUAAAUGUUUAAAUAGUAAGCUGAAAUGUAUCAUGCUGUAAUUUAUUCAUUGACAAAUUGUUAUAUUUUCUAAUUGACGUCAUUAGGCGUAUAUAGAUAUUAGACAUUGUAGUUCAUAAAUAUGUGAUAUAAUCCUUUGUAGUGUACU